AUGGAUGACCCUACAGCGUCGACGCCAUUGAUGGUCUCCGUCGCUCCCUCCUCCUCCUCCUUCUUUGCAGGAGAACACUUUUCCUGCGUCAUCACCUUUACAAACACCAGAGUGCCAUUACCUUCUACUCAACCACUCCCUUCCACGUCGACAUUCGGCAACGGCAAUGGCAGCCACUCGAGCUUGUCAGAUGCAGCAUGCAUCGCGGCUGCUCAGAGGCGCGUCUUCUCCUCCGCGCCUGCACUGGGAAGAUCCUCGCACACCAAGAGCCAGAGCGUGGAUGUGAGGACUUUUGCACGGCAGUUGCAACUGGAAGGCGCGGAUGAGGGAGCAAGGGAUGAAGGCUACUACAAGGCUAAAAGGCUGGCAGCCGAGUCUGUCGAUAGCUUCGAAUCGCAACAGAAUGCCAGCGUGCUGGACAGUUCCAGUAUUCCAUCCAGGAGAAGGCUCAUUGGUCGAGAUAAGCAUGCUGCUGCUCAUGGGCAUGCCGCAAACACCUUCUCAGCUCAACUUUCCACUCCAACAUCCGCCCCUGCAAGCUCUUCUACAGCAGCUGCUGACCACAAAGGUCACAAACACGCCGCAUCCAUGUAUGCCACGCCCGACCACUCCUCACGGAACAAGAAUCAGGCCGGAUUGGGUCUGGGACUGCCUGGUCCUUCUCAUCGCCCACCUUUCGCAUCUCCAGAUCCAUCAGGCCCAACAUCCGCUCGACCCACACUCAAUCUCAUUCACCCCUCGAGCAGCUCAGUCGGGUCUCCCACACCUGCGCGAAUGGCAAGUGGUGCAUUCAGGCAGCCUAGUGCACCUGUCCCGCGCACGCACCCUCACGGCAGAAAACAGAGCAUAGCAGCUGUUCAAGCAGAAGAUCUUUCUGCUGCUUUCGCUCUGGGCGCACCUGGAAUGCCUGCCAGCAGUGCUCCCUCUAGCGCUGCUCCUCCAAUCACCGAGGAAGAGCCUGCAUCUCCAUCCUUUUCCAACGAACCCUCGACGCCUAGAGCGAUUGGUCAUACUUUCUAUCAAGCUGGGCAAGGAGCAAACGAUACGAUGGAGUCUGUGCUCCGGGAUGAUAUCUCUGCGUGGUCCAGGCCGGGUAUCGGGCCGGGCGGAAGCGGACAAAGCAGCGGCAACAGUAGCGGUCUGGACAUUAGCACGCCCACCUCGUUUUCAUCGGCAAGCACGCCGUACGGAGCUCCCAAAUCUUCGCCGCUCUUUCCAUCUGGUCGUUCGUAUGCGCCAGGCACCGUCAGCCUGCUGUGGAGCUUUGCGCAGUUUGGAGGAGAAUUCAAGGUGGACGAAUCUUUGAUCAAGCCGGGAGAGUUUGAGCAGGUGAAAAAGAGGUUGGCGAUGGAUCGCACGAUUGGUGGAGGGCAUCUGGCUUCUUCGUUUGGGGGCGCACACGGCACAGGCGGGGGCGGUGGGAUCGGCGCCCAGUUGGAUGGUGGAGAUGAGGAUGCGCAGAAAGCUGGGUGGGGCAGUUACCUCUCUUCGGCGCUCUUCUCUAGACCUGCGAGGCGGGCGCAUGGGAGGAGCGUUAGCUCCAUUGGCGAUAGACAGGCAAGGACGUUGCAGAAUAGGGCUGUGCCGCUCUUUUCCAGCCCCCCGUCCAUUGUUGCGGUAGAUCUAGACCUGAAGCCGGGCGAGAGCCGAAGUUGUGAGUGUUGAGCUCUGGUGCGCCUUGAGCAUUGGCGCCUGCCUUUGCUGACCCUGCACGUGCUGCUUUGUCCCACGUGCCUAUUAGAUUCAUUCAGGAUACCCUUGCCGGCUGAUCUUCCGCCUAGCUACACCGGUCGAGCUAUCUCCUUCACAUACACGCUGACGCUGGGAACGAAUCGAGUGGAUCAUGCUGCUCCUCGAUCGGCUGGGUCGAAUGGACGUUUUGCACAAUCGCAAGGCUCGAAGCAGCAACAGAGGUCCCGUCUGAUCAGGAUACCGCUACGCAUCUACAACCAUAUCAGCGUCAGUGGAGCUACGCACUUCUUCGACUUGACCAAUCCCGUAGUGUAUAGGAAAGAUGAGUCGGUGGUCAGAGAGGAGCUGGAUGACAUGUUGGUGACGCCUACCUUGAGGAGUUCACCGGUAGCCAACGGUCCGAGGCAGGAUUCGGCAGCGGAGCGCUCCAGAGCCAAGUCGCAAGGCCGAGAGCAAGGUGAGUGCGAAGCUGAGCAGGCGCUGCAGACGAUGGACGACGAGCAUACAUGACGCUCAGCUCAUACCUGUUCUCGCCUUACAUUCGUCUGCUUCAGCGUUUGGAAAGUCUGAGUUGGAAGAGUAUGCUAGGGAUCUGCUGCUUUCGACUCGCGCGAACGAGGCCGCUCUGGAUGACGAGGAUGCGCCUACUGAUGUAGAGGCUGCAGCGUCGGCGGCAGCGUCUGCAGCCCGUGACCUCUUGUUCGCGCCCGAUCCCACUGCAUCGCCUCCAACAUCCAAAAAAUCGCUGUCGAGGUCUUCGUCUAUGAACUUGCCUAGACCUACUUCUCCGCUAGGCAGAAGGGCUAGCGUGGCUGCCUCGGCUGCUGGCGAAGAGGAUGAUGGACCAAAGACGAGCAUGGAAGCUGUUGAACACCUGUCGCGCAACUCGCAGAAAGGUGAGCAAUUGUGCAGGAAGCAGUACUGUGGGAGUCAGGAGAAGGGCGCGAGAGGGCGGCAUGGGGGGGUGGGCCACUGACUGGCUCAUUUCGUUUACGCUUUCGUAUAUCUGUACAGUGUCCUACGACAUUUCGAAAGACGGACAAAUUGUGGCCGUCUUGACUCUGAUCAAGUCCAAGUAUCGCCUGGGAGACACGGUGUCUGGAGUAGUGACGAUGAACCGAUCGGGCAGCGUGGCUCGAGUGGUGCGAAUAGCAGCGACGCUGGAAUCGUACGAAGCCAUACAAUCGGAUCUGUCCACCUUGCCGCAGAAUAGGGUGGCAAAAUUGACCAAAGUUGUGCACUCGGAAUGCCACCAGUCUACGUUGGAUUCUGGUCAAGCCAGCUUCGCUCUGCCCAUCCCUAGCGGUGCUACGCCCGACUUUGUGACGAGUGCGGGUGAGUGCUGGGCUGGACUGGGCCACCUUGCGGAAUGCUAAGCAUGCGGCAGGAUGCGCACAAAAGGCUGACGCUGCUGCUGCUGCCGCCGGGGCCCCCACUUUGCGCGAUGGCGCAGUCAAAAUCAAUUGGACUGUUCGACUUUCCUUUUUAACCUUGGCAUGCGUCCGACCUAGCAAAGGAGGACCUAGAGCAGCGCCACCUUGUCACCUGAUUCCCGUCGAGUCGGAUGGCUACGAGCAUUUCCACGCUUCGCUCGUAGCCGUGCCUCACCUAUCUGGUCCUUUGCAUCCCUCCUUGAUGCCGACGUUAUCCAAGGAGGGGCAGGAGGAGGAAAAGGAGGAGAGCGCUUCGAUGCUCGCGCCUGAAGGAACAAAGUUGGAGGUGGUGGAGUGCGCAGUGCCGCUCAACGUCUUGCCGCACUCUACCAGAUUUCAACCUGGCGCUGCUUCGGUCUUUGCUUAA